AUGAGUCGCGCAGGCAAUGCAGGCAGCACGCCCGCCUCCAGAACCUAUGAGUCCACCCCCGUCCCUCAGCAAGUCACCUUCCCGCCGCGCCGGAAGGUGAGGAGGAAGACUACGGGAGAUGUGCCUACCGCUCCGCCUGGGCUGGAGAGAAAGGGGUCUAGUUUUCACACCCAGACGUUGACGCAAUUCCUGGGAAAUUCGGCGCCGAAGUACGAGGACGGGAUGGGCCUGAGGGUGGAUGAUGAAGAGGAACAGGACGGCCUGCUGUUACCGGGUAACUCACCAAGGCCUGCCAAGCGACAUGAGCCGGUGAAGGGCGGCAAAGCCAAGCUGCUGGCGCCGGACAGCCCGCACACGCCCAGCAGCAAGCGUAUCAAGGUCAACUUGGACGAGGUGCCGCCCUCUCAACCGUCGCCAUUUACCCCCAUGUUUCGCCACUACAGCCCUAUCCCCCCGGCAGACAGGUCGCCGCUGACCCAAAAGUCGACCAAUCUUGACGCUCCCCCGCCAACGGUAGAGACAAUCUUGAAGCGACCGCGGAACCUGGUUAUCCAGGAUAGUUAUAACAUGGGCAGCAGCGAAGGACUCCCCUCGUCUUCGGCAGCCGCCGAAACACCCAAAGAGAAGGGAAUGCAGUCUCGGAGGACUUCAAGAGAGCCUCUGUCGGCGAUACCUGUUGCAAGUCUCGAGCUUGGGCUAGGUUCGACCCCAACUGGGGAGACGCCAACUACAAGGAGGAAGAGGAUGUUUGUGGAAAUUCCGGACUCGGAAGACGAGUUGGAGAGUAUCAGAUCGACACCCUUCAAGACGCGGUCUACGCAGCAGACGCCCUUGAAACACACGCCCUUGAGGCGGAUGAUAAGCGCUGCGAGGGAAUUGGAGGUGCAGCACGAUCAAUCUUCAACCCCUCGGCCCAAGACUGCAGAAACUCCCGAUGUGCCUUCUGGCACGUCGAACAAGGAGAACGACUCGCCUGCGAUCAGGGUGUGGGAUGACGGGGAGUCUACUGCUAGCGAAGCGGAAGAGCCCGGCACGCCGACUCCGACGUGGGGAAGGACGAGAUCACAGACGGCUGGGAGUAUUGCCAAGGCGAGCCAGGUAAGCCCAAAUACUGCCUCCCAGUUUUGGGCGGCGUCGUCGGCGGAUCUUGACGGCGCGGUGAGGUCCGGCGGGACAUCCACCAAGCCUCCUACCUUGUCACCGGGCCCGGAAGAGCCGAUGGUCAGCGAAGAGGCGCCAAGCACACCGACCCCGGCUCCUCGGGAACCCACAUCGCAACAUCGCACGGCGAGUGACCGGCAUGUUACCUUCAAGCAUGUCUCCCAGAAUCGCGACGAGGACAUGGAGGAAGGCCCCUUCAGUAAAACCCAGGAAGGACGCAUUCCCACCUCCAUCCUUCGGAAGGGGACUCGCCAGAGCCCGAUGCGUAUCGGUAGGUCCACCGAAAAGGAGCGCGGUACGACACCUGAGCUGCCAGCGUCUAGCAAGUCAAACAGCGAGGCUCCUGGCACCCCAACACCGGUCGUCCGGAGAGAAGUCUACAAGGAAACUCCCAGAAAGCCACAGAACAAGUCUUCGCCGAUAUACCAGAGACACACCCAGAGGUCCCAGUACUACAGCCAGGGUCUUGAAAGCCAGCGUGUUCCUCUCGAGAUCAUUCGUACCCUCGGGCCGCAGACAGAUCGUUCAGAUAUCCUCAUUUCGAUGCAUCCCGAGAUUGUCGAUGAGAUUGUAAAGGGUACCCGCGACCACGAAUUCCGUGCCUACAAGUUUCCCGUUCAGGUCUCCCGUUGCUGGAUCUAUAUCACUCGUCCCGUUGGCGAGGUGAAGUACAUGGCCACUCUCGGUCCGGUCCAAGAGCCCGGACAAAUCGACAGCAACAGCGGCCUCGGCAAUGCUGAAUUCAACGCGGGCACAUCCGGCUUCAAGUUCGCUCACAAGCUGCAGCAAGUAUAUCAGCUCAACAAUCCGGUGCCACUGGCAGAUAUGGCGGACAACGGACUGGGAGACGGUCCGCCGCAGAAGUACAGGUACAUUCCACCGGCGAUUGUGGGACAGCUGUUGGCGAACCUGCGGUGCGCGCUCUUUGCCGAAGAGGGCGAGGAGAGACAGGAGGAUAGUGAAGGCGACGUGACCAUCUCGCAGGAGCUGGAGGAGCAGCUUCGCAGCGACAUCGUCCACUCUACGCAGAUGCGGUUGAGCGACGGCCAUCAUUAUCGUGCCGGGGAGGAGGACGUAAUCCCGGCUAGCCAGAGUCCGGUGAAGACCCGUUCGGGAGCUUCACGGAAAUCAGACAACAGCACGUCGGCCCAUCCGGCAGCGCUGCCGCCGCGCUUCAGCCAACGCAUUCAUAACUUAAACCAGCAGCAGCAUCAACAACAACAAAGCCGGGACGCCCGGCUACCACAACAACAACAACAACAACAGACCCCCUCCACUCUUAAGAAGGCGACCUCAACCUCCAACGUCGUGCGCCCUUCCCAAGCAACGACAGCAUCCGACAUCUCAAUUCCCUCAAGCUCUGCCGCAUCGUCACCGGAAAGAUCGUCCGUGAUCGCGACCUCGGUGCCAAGACCCCCUUUGCCGGAAUCUAAUGAGCCCGUGUUGCCCGACCUGCCGGACAUGGGAGACGAGAGCCUGCUGCCGCCGUUGCCGCCUGUUGGGUCGUCACCACAGGCGGCGAUGCUGUUGCCGCCCGAUAGUUUGCUGGUUGAUGAGGUGAGGAGAGCUCCGCCUCCUGUGGAGGUGUGGGAUUCGGAGGAAGACGAAGGAGAAUAUUAA